CAGUCGCGCUGUAUGUACAUCAAGCAGGUUGUCGAGUCUUACAAAGGGAGCCGGGGCCACGGCGGAGGGAGAACCCGGGUCAGUGCUAAACAUGGGCGGCCCCACACCCUCGCUCUUGCUGCUGGUAACUUUGCUCCGAGUACAAUGCAGCUCAAAAGCUCCGCUUACCCUGACCUGUGCAGCAGAUGAGUUCAGGUGCGUUGGCGAUGGUGAGUGUAUUCCCCCCAGCUGGGUGUGUGACGGUGAAGACGAUUGUGAUGAUGGAUCUGAUGAGCGUCAGCAUUGCCCUUCGAAGAGUUGCUCCAGUCAGCAGUUUACCUGUACCAAUGGCGAAUGUAUCCCAAAAGAAUACAGAUGUGACCACGUUAAUGACUGCAGUGAUGGACUUGAUGAAACAGGAUGCCAUUACCCACCUUGCAUCCAAAUGGACUGUGCAAAUGGUGCAUGUUACAAUUCCAGCCAGCAUUGUGAUGGAAUGCUGAACUGCAGAGACGGAUCAGACGAGACCAAUUGCACUCACAAAUGCAGCAGCGGGUACUAUCAGUGUGCCAACGAAGAAUGUAUUCCACGACUAUUUGUAUGUGACCACGACGAUGACUGCGGGGAUCGGAGCGACGAGCAGACAUGCGCUUACCCUGCAUGCUCUGGAGACUACUUCAGCUGCCCCAGUGGCCACUGCAUUCAUCAGUACUGGCUGUGCGAUGGGGACGAUGACUGUGGAGACAAUGCUGAUGAAAGAGGCUGUGAGAGAGGGGAACUGCAAGAGUGCUCGCCCCGGCAGUGGAUUUGUCCUGGUACUCGACACUGUAUCUCCCUCAACAAGCUGUGUGAUGGCACCCAGGACUGCUCCGAAGGGGGAGAUGAGACUAACUCCACGACCGGAAAUAACUGCAGUGUACGUAACUGCGCUGCUCUAAGCUGUGAGUAUCACUGUCGUUCAUCCCCAUCAGGCGGGAUCUGCUUCUGCCCCUCAGGGUACAUCCUGGGCACUGAUGGCCGCUCCUGUGUUGACUUUGACGAGUGCAAUGUUUGGGGGGCUUGUGACCAACUAUGUGAGAGCAAGGUUGGAGCCUAUUCGUGCGCCUGUGUGCAAGGUUACGUCUUGGAACACCACAAGCACUGCCGAGCUAACGCUUCAUCUGGAAUUCCAUCCAUCAUCUUCUCCAAUGGUCGUGACCUGCUGAUUGGCAACAUCCACGGGCGGGACACGCGGAUCCUUGUGGAAUCUCACAACCGCGGUAUUGCUGUCGGUGUGGAUUUCCACUACAAUCUGGGCAAGAUCUUCUGGACAGAUACCAUUCAAAAUAAGGUUUUCUCUGUCAAUCUCGACGGCACUAGUAUUCGGGAAAUCUUGAACGUGUCCAUUGACACUCCGGAAAACCUCGCUGUGGACUGGGUGAACGAUAAAUUGUACGUGGUGGAGACAAGCAUCAACCGCAUUGAGCUCACUGAUCUGGAUGGAGGGAACCGUAUCACCUUAAUUGGAGAAAACCUGGGCAGGCCACGAGGCAUUGCUCUCGAUCCCACUGUCGGUUAUUUAUUCUUCUCUGACUGGAACGAUGCCUCUGGUGCCCCGAAGCUGGAGAGAGCUUUCAUGGACGGGAGCCACCGUUUUGAAGUGGUCAAGUCCAAGCUGGGUUGGCCGGCUGGGAUAAGCUUGGACCUGAUUACCAAACGCCUCUACUGGGUUGACAGUCGCUACGACUACAUUGAAACUGUAACAUACGAUGGACUGGAAAGGAAAACUGUAGUGAGUGGAGGUCGGUCAGUUCCCCACCCUUACGGAAUAGCGAAUUUUGAAGAUAAAUUAUUUUAUACUGACUGGACGAAGAUGGCUGUUAUAAGAGUCAAUAAGUCUGCAGACAACAACCCACAAGUCAUCUAUCAGUCUCCACUGAAGCCCUAUGGAGUGACUGUGUAUCAUGCAUUCAGACAGCCCUUUGUGAAGAAUCCAUGCGGCAGUAACAAUGGUGGGUGUGAACACAUUUGUAUCCUCAGCCAUGGGAUGGAUAAUCAGGGCCUGGGCUAUCGCUGCAGGUGCAAGCUGGGGUUCGAUCUCUACCACGACCAGAAACACUGCUACCCGGUGACCCAGUUCCUGCUGUUCUCGUCACAGCUGUCGGUCCGAGGAAUUCCCUUCAACAUCUCCACCCAGGAAGAUAUCAUCCUCCCCGUGACAGGGAAUCCUUCUUACUUUGUGGGAAUUGACUUCGAAGCGGUGGAGCGGACUAUAUUUUUUUCUGAUACCAGGAAUGACCUGAUUUGUAAGCAGAAAAUUGAUGGAACAGGUCGGGAGGUUCUCGUGGCCAGCAGGGUGGACGGAGUGGAGGAUCUGGCAUUUGACUGGAUCUCCAGGAACCUUUACUGGACGGACACGCGCCACAGCACCAUCUCCGUGCUGCGCUUGGCCGAUAACUCGCGGAGAACAAUCGUCAAGAACCUGAACAACCCCCGCUCGAUCGUGGUCCAUCCAAUUGUGGGGUACAUCUUCUGGACAGACUGGUACCGGCCUGCUAAGGUGAUGAGAGCCUGGUGUGAUGGGUCCAAUGCCGAGCCCAUAGUCAAUUCCACGCUUGGCUGGCCAAAUGGUCUCGCCAUAGACUGGAGUUAUUUACGUCUCUAUUGGGUGGAUGCCUUUUUUGACAAAAUUGAGCACAGUUCCUUCGACGGUCUGAAUCGACAGACCCUUGGUCAAAUCAGCCAAAUGUCUCAUCCUUUUGGGCUCACCAUAUUUGGCGAUCACGUGUACUUCACUGACUGGAGACUGAAUGGAAUUGUCCGCUUGCAUAAAGUCGAUGGCGGUGGGAUGACUAUUAUCAGAAGAGGUAUCGACAACAUCAUGCACGUGAAAUCCUUUGAUGCCACUGUGCAGACCGGAUCCAACUCCUGUAACAAGCCGACAAACCCCAACGGGGACUGUAGCCAUUUCUGCUUCCCGAUCCCCAAUUUUCAGAGAGUGUGUGGCUGUCCGUAUGGAAUGAAACGAGACUCCAACAACCUGAACUGUGUGGAAGACCCGUCUAGUGAGGUGUCCACGCAGCAGUGUGCCAUCUUUUCCUUCACCUGUGCCAAUGGGAAGUGCGUGCCCGAUUACAACCACUGCGAUGGGGUGAAUGACUGUCAUGACAACAGCGAUGAAGCCAACUGUGGAACGUUGAAUACCACGUGCUCUUCAGCUGCAUUUACGUGCUCAAGCCACCAAUGCAUCCCAAUUGUUUGGAGGUGUGAUGGACAAAAGGACUGCUUCGAUGCAAGUGACGAGCAGGAGUGUCCGACCAGCAGUCCCGCCAGCUGUUCCGCGAGCUAUUUUACCUGCACCAACUCCUACUGCAUCCCCACAAGAUGGGUCUGCGAUACAGACAACGACUGCGGAGAUGGCUCCGAUGAGCUGAGCUGCAAUUUCACAAGUUCGUGCCCGCCUGAACAGUUCCUGUGCCCAGAACAUCGGUGCAUCGACCCAUCGUACGUCUGUGAUGGAGACAAGGACUGCCUGGAUGGACUGGACGAACAAGGAUGCGUGUACAACUGCACCUCAUACGAGUUUAAAUGUACAAGCGGGGAGCAGUGCAUCAGCAUCUUCUACUACUGUGAUGGCAUUUUUGAUUGCGUCGAUCAAUCUGACGAGGCAGGAUGUCCCACUCGGCCUCCGGGUAUGUGCCACCAGAGUGAGUUCCAGUGCCAGGGUGACGGGACGUGCCUCCCCUCCAACUGGGAGUGUGACGGUCACGCCGACUGCACCGACGCCUCGGAUGAACACCCAGGCUGCUUGCCCAGGAACUGCUCCCUCAGCCACUACCGCUGCGACAACGGCAACUGCGUGCCCAGGGACUGGCUGUGCGACGGCGACAACGACUGCAGGGACAUGAGCGAUGAGAGAGACUGCCCCACACAGCCCUUCCAGUGCAUCAGCCCCCUGUGGCAGUGCCCCGGCCUCAGCCUCUGCCUCAGCCUGGAGAAGAUCUGCGACCGCAAUCCCGACUGUCCCAACGGCGCCGAUGAAUCUCCACUCUGCAGUACAGACAGCUGUGAUGUGAGCAAUGCUGGCUGCACACACGGAUGCUUUGAGGGACCCUUUGGUGCUCAGUGUACUUGUCCAAGUGGCUACCAGCUAGCAAACGACUCCAAGACAUGUGAGGAUGUGGAUGAGUGUAGCCUGCCAGGAACCUGUAGCCAGAUGUGUUACAACCAGAGAGGCUCCUUCAGGUGCACCUGCGACCAAGGCUACGGGCUCGAAGUUGACCAAAGCACCUGCAAAGUUUCAGAGGGAUCAGAUAUGCAGUUGAUGGUGGCAAGUCGAGGACAGAUAGUCUCGGAGAACAUCAAUGUGAGGCCGUACCAGAUUCAAAGCGUGAUCCGUGAAGGGAGAAAUAUCGUGGCGAUUGAUUUCGAUUCGCAAACUGGGCGAAUCUAUUGGUCAGAUGUAACUCAGGAUAAAGUUUGGAGUGCUUUUCAAAAUGGAACCGAUCAAAAAGUUAUAUUUGACAGUGGCGUGACGAUUACAGAAAACAUCGCCGUGGACUGGAUCGGCCGCAACCUGUACUGGGCGGACCACAUUCUCCAAACCAUCGAGGUUUCCCAAUUGAAUGGCAGCCACAGGACUGUCCUCCUCAGCGACAACAUAACAAACCCCAGAGGCUUGGUCGUGGAUCCCAGGGAUGAUAUCCAUCUAAUGUUCUGGACGGACUGGGGAAGGAAUCCACGUGUAGAAAGAGCCAGCAUGGAUGGAGCAUUGCGAACUGUUCUCAUAAAUACCAAGCUCUACUGGCCAAAUGGCUUGUGCAUUGAUUAUCCAACCAAACUGCUUUACUUUGCUGAUGCCUACCUGGAUUACAUUGAAUACUGUGACUACAAUGGGAAGAACAGGAGACAGGUUUUGGCCAGUGACUUAAUAUUGAGACACCCACACGCCAUAACCAUAUUUGAAGAUUUUGUGUACUGGACUGAUCGUCAUUCGAACCGUGUUGUUCGAGUGAACAAAUGGAACGGAAAGAAUCAGAGUGUGAUGAUCAGCAACGUCAUUGAACCACUCGGAAUUACUGCCGUUCAUUCCGUGAGGCAGCCGCCCGCUGGGAACCCAUGCGCAUCCAAGUCCUGCAGCCACCUUUGCCUGCUGUCGGCCUCAGCACCCAGAUUCUACUCGUGCGUCUGCCCCUCUGGCUGGAAACUGAUGGAAGAUUUGGAGCACUGCAUAAAAGAUGACGACCCCUUCCUAAUUGUGGUGAGAAAUAACGUCAUCUUUGGCAUCUCCCUCAACCCCGAGGACAAGUCCAGCGAUGCCAUGGUCCCCAUAGCCGGAGUCCAGAACGGUUUCGAUGUGGACUUUGACGAAGAUGGCAUGAUAUAUUGGGUGGAACAUCCGGGAGAUAUCCACCGUGUGGGGGCAGACGGGACCAACCGCACAGUCUUUGCUCCAGCUUCCACCAUCGGCUCCCCCAUGGGGCUGGCUUUCGACUGGAUCUCCAUGAAUCUUUACUGCACCAACUUUGACCAACAGUCCAUCGAGGUGAUAAAGGUGAAAGGUGAUGUGCAGUACAGGAGGACAAUACUGACUAACACUGGCCAAAGGACAAGUGUCGGGGCCCCGAUCGGGAUCGUGGUGAAUCCAGCGAAAGGGAAGUUAUACUGGACUGACCAAGGGACGGAAAGUGGGAUCCCUGCAAAGAUUGCCAGUGCCAACAUGGAUGGAACCAAUGCCAGAGUCCUCUUCACCAAUAACCUGGAUCACGUUGAGUUUAUCACCAUUGACAUCAAGGAACGGAAGUUGUAUUGGUCCAUUUCCAGCAACGGUGUAAUCGAACGGGGUGAUCUCAGUGGUUUGAACCGAGUGACGAUUGUCAGUCACCUUGCUCAUCCUUGGGGGAUAGCCAUAUACCAGGGCUUCCUUUACUACACGGAUAAUGAUUACGAAGUCAUUGAGCGCGUGGACAAGGCCACUGGGGAAAAUGCGGUGAUGCUGAGGAAUAAUCUUGCGGGACUGAUGUCCCUCAGAGUUAACUUCCGGGACAAGUCCGCGGGUUCCUCCAAUGGCUGCAGUAACAACAUCGGGCUGUGUGAGCAGCUCUGCCUGCCCCGGCCAGCUGGAGCCCACAAGUGUGCCUGUACAACUGGCUUCCGCAUGAACCCAGACAACCACUCCUGCUCGGCCAUCAACUCUUUUGUGGUCGUGUCGCAGCUGAAUGUUAUCCGGGGAUUCAACCUGAACCCAGGGGACCAUUCCGAAGCUAUGGUCCCGGUGGGCGGUGAGGGCCGCUUUGCCCUGCAUGUGGAUGUGCAUGUAUCUGCAGGGUUCAUAUACUGGUGUGACUACAGUACUGUACCACAGCGGAACGCUAUUCGCAGAAUUAAACCUGAUGGAUCUUCCUUCAACACCAUUGUCUCUUCAGGAAUUGGUCAGAAUGGGAUCCGGGGCAUAGCACUGGACUGGGUGGCAGGCAACCUGUAUUUCACCAAUGCUUUCCUCACGGAAACCUACAUAGAGGUCGUCAGCCUGAACACCAGCUUUCGCAGGGUCCUCAUCAAGACCCGAGUGGACCGGCCAAGGCACAUUGUGGUCAACCCGAAACUCCGAUACAUCUUCUGGGCCGACUACGGGCAGCGCCCCAAAAUUGAGCGAGCCUUCCUGGACGGCUCCAACAGGUCGGUGUUGUUGGACGAUGGUAUCGUCAUGCCCCGCGGCCUAACGGUGGACUAUACCAACGACUACAUCUACUGGAUCGACGACUCCCUGGACCUGAUCGCCAGGGUCUCUCCGGACGGCAAAGAGCACCAGAUUAUCCGCUACGGGAGCCGUUACCCAACCCCGCUGGGCAUCUGCAUCUUUGAAAACACCAUGAUCUGGGUGGACAGAAACCUGAAGAAGGUCCUACGGGCCAGCAAGGAGCCCGGCAACGUGGAUCCGCCGACGGUGAUCCGGGACAACCUGAACCUGCUGAGGGACGCGGUCAUAUUUGACCGGAGGGCUCAACCGACGUCGCCCCAAGCGCUCAACGGCAACCCUUGCUUGGAGAACCAAGGAGGCUGUGCCCAAUUCUGCUUCGCGCUGCCGGGGGUACAGGCGGCGAGGUGCGGCUGUGCCCACGGCCGACUGGAGGCCAACGGCUGGCAGUGCUCGGUCAGCACCGGCAGCUACCUCAUCUUCGCCACCGAGUCCUCCGUCCGCAGCCUUCACCUGGACAUCAGUGACCACAGGGCGCCCUUCCCCACCAUCAAAGUGGACCCGACGGCCGUGGCGUUGGACUACGACAGCAGCGAUAGACGUAUCUACUUCACUCAGAGCCUCGGCCGUGGGCUCAGCAGAAUCAGCUAUAUCAGUCUGGAAGCAAGCACUGCCUCACCUGUGCAGGUGAUAACAGGGCUGACUUCUCCUGAUGGGAUUGCCUUUGACUGGAUUAACAGGAGGCUUUACUACAGUGACUACCUGAACCAGACCAUCAACUCGGUCAGUAUCAAUGGCAGUGACCGUACGGUCAUUGCCAACGUGGCCCGGCCCAGAGCGAUCGUGCUGGACCCAUGCAGAGGGUAUAUGUUUUGGACCGAUUGGGGAACCAGUCCUAAAAUAGAACGAGCAACGCUCGGCGGAAGCUUUCGUUUGGCCAUCAUAAACAGCAGCCUGGUCUGGCCGAAUGGACUGACAAUGGACUAUGACAACCAGAAGCUCUACUGGGCCGAUGCCUCUCUACGUAAGAUUGAGCGGAGUAGUCUGACGGGUGCAGACCGUGAGGUGAUUGUCAGCACUGCAAUUUACCCGUUUGCAGUCAGCAUCUACGAAGAAUAUCUCUACUGGACAGACUGGAACACACGAAGCAUCUACCGGGUCAACAAGUACGAUGGGUCUGACCAGGCUGUGAUGCUUCAAAACCUUCCCGAUCGCCCGAUGGACAUCCAUGUCAUGUCAGAUGCAAAGCAACAGCAGUGCAGUAAUCCCUGUGAUCAGUUCAAUGGGGGCUGCAGCCACAUCUGCUCCAUAGGGCCCCAUGGUCCAGAGUGCCAGUGCCCUGCCCAUGGUAUCUGGCGCCUGGUCAACAACAACAAAGACUGCAUCUCCGCCGACACUGCUGUCUGUGGCACCGGCUACUUCACCUGCUUGAACGGCCACUGUAUCCUGGAGAGGUGGAAAUGUGACACUGACAACGACUGCGGAGAUCGGAGCGAUGAGUUAGAAAGGCUGUGCGCUUUCCACACCUGUGCAGCCACCGCCUUCACCUGCAACAAUGGCAAGUGUACGGAGUACAGGUAUCGCUGCGACCAUUACAACGACUGUGGGGACAACAGUGAUGAGGCGGGAUGCUUGUUCCCCACCUGCGACCCCACCUCCGACUUCUCCUGUGACAACGGACGCUGCAUUAAAUUGAGCGCUGUCUGCAACGGAGUCAACGACUGCCACGAUAAUAGCACCUCGGACGAGAGGGACUGCCCUCCACGGACCUGUCAGCCCGGGCAUGCCAAAUGUGAAACGACAAACAUCUGUAUCCCGCGCACCUACCUCUGUGACGGAGAUAACGACUGUGGUGAUCUCAGCGAUGAGAGUCCCACACACUGUGUGGGUGGAACGUGUGCUGUGAGCGAGUUCCGGUGUACGUCUGGCCGCUGUAUUCCGAGCCACUGGUACUGUGACAGCGGCUUGGACUGUGCAGAUGGAUCUGAUGAGCCGCCUACCUGCAUUCCUGCGCAGAUGGUGUGUUCAGACCAACAGUUUAAGUGUGAAGAUGGCAGAUGCAUCCCUUCCAUGUGGGUCUGUGACGGUGAUAAUGACUGUGGGGACAUGAGUGAUGAGGAUCAGAGACAUAACUGUGCCAAUCGUAACUGUUCGGACACAGACUUUACCUGUGUGAACAGUCAGCCUCCACAAAGAAGGUGCAUUCCUUCGGCAUGGGUCUGUGAUGGGGAUUCUGACUGUCCUGACGCUUUAGAUGAGAGUCAGAACUGUACAGGGACAUCGUGCCCUGGGGAGGAGUUUGCAUGUGACAACGGCUUGUGUGUGAGGGGUUCAUACAGGUGCGACCGUAGGAAUGACUGUGGCGAUGCUAGCGAUGAGCGAGCGUGUGCCUACCCAUCUUGCACCCAGCACCAGUUCACCUGCCAGAACGGCCGCUGCAUUUCCCAGCUGUGGCUCUGCGACGGCGACAAUGACUGCGGAGAUAGGUCAGAUGAGAUGGAGCAUCUGUGCUUCACCUCUCAGCCUACCUGCCCUCCACAGCACUUCCGCUGCAACAACGGAGCUUGUAUUGAAACCGCCAAGGUGUGCAACCAAGAGGACGACUGUUCGGACAACAGCGACGAGAGGACCUGUGGCGUUGAUGAGUGCAGUAAUCUGGAGCUGAAUCGUUGCACCCACAUCUGCACCAACACGCUGGUGGGCUUCCUCUGCUCCUGCCCACCCGGGUACCGACUGCUGCAGGACGGGCAGGCUUGUGAAGACGUUGAUGAAUGCAACGAGACCCCGGGCGUCUGUAGCCAGAUCUGUGAGAACACGGAGGGCUCGUACAUCUGUAAAUGUGCCCCGGGACACCUGCGGGAACCCGACGGCAGGACUUGCCGCCAGAACAGCAACAUCACCCCUUACCUCCUCUUCAGCAACCGCUACUACAUACGCAACUUCUCUAUGGAUGGAAACUCCUACACUCUUGUUCAACAAGGGCUGCUCAAUGUUGGCGCUCUGGACUUUGACCGGGUGGAACAAAGGUUGUACUGGUUCGAUAUGGGGCGAAGAGUUAUGGAGCGAAUGUUUCUGAAUGAAACCAUGAAGGAGACAGUCAUUAGCCAUGACCUAUUCGGGGCAGAGGGUCUGGCUGUUGAUUGGAUUGGCAGGAAACUAUACUGGGCUGAUAAUUUUAAAAACUGCCUUAACGUUGCUGAGCUCGACGGGCGAUUUAUGAAGAAGCUGGCUACACCCUGUCUGGAGAUGAACAGCACCUACUGCUUUGAGAAUCCUCGUGCCGUGGCCCUUUAUCCAAAAUACGGAUAUGUUUUCUGGAGUGACUGGGGUGAUCAAGCCUACAUUGGCCGCAUGGGGAUGGAUGGUGGAAACGCAUCGGCCAUUAUUACCUCCAAGUUGGAGUGGCCCAAUGGUAUAACCAUCGACUACACCAACGACAACCUCUACUGGACCGACGCUCACCUAAAUUACAUCGAAUUUGCCAAUUUGGACGGGAGCCACCGGCACACGGUAUUUGACGGGACCCUGAGCCAUCCCUUUGCUAUUAGCCUGUUUGAGGAUACAAUAUAUUGGACUGACUGGAAUACCAAAUCAGUGGAAAAAGCCAACAAGUACACCGGGGAAGGCCGAGUCCUUUUGGUAAACACCACCCACACACCCACUGAUAUCCUUGUGUACCAUCCGUACAGACAACCCAUUGCAAUCAACCCAUGCGGCUCCAAUAAUGGCGGCUGCUCACACCUGUGUCUGAUCGCCAGUGGAGGUGAGAACUACACGUGUGCAUGCCCAGACAACUUUGCAAGACAGCUGGGCAGCACCACUCACUGUGUCCCCAUGUGUACAAGUACCCAGUACAGAUGUCGAAACAAUGAAAGGUGUAUUCCGAUCUGGUGGAAGUGCGAUGGGCAGAAGGAUUGCCGCGAUGGCUCAGAUGAGCCCAGCACCUGCCCACCCCACUACUGCAGACUGGGACAAUUUCAGUGUAACGAUGGGAACUGUACCAGUCCCAGCCUCUUGUGCAAUGGCUAUCAGGAUUGCGCUGAUGAUUCCGAUGAAGACGCGGCACUUUGUCUGAGUCACCAAUGUGAGAGCUACCAGUGGCAGUGCACUAACAAGCGAUGUAUCCCCGAGGCCUGGCAGUGUGAUGGUGAGAACGACUGCACUGACAACUCCGAUGAAGAUGCUGCUUCCUGUGCCACCCGAACCUGCAACCCUGGCCAGUUUAAAUGCAGCAACGGCCACUGCAUCCCUCUGUCCUGGAAAUGCGAUGUGGACGAUGAUUGUGGGGAUUACUCCGACGAGCCCUACGAGGAAUGCCAUGGACCUGACUAUUCCUGUGAUAGUCACACUGAGUUCUCCUGUCGAACAAACUACCGAUGCAUUCCUACCUGGGCCGUAUGCAACGGUAACAAUGAUUGCCGAGACAACACCGACGAGCAAAACUGUGAGGACCGUACCUGUAACCCUACCGGGGACUUCCGCUGUGAUGACCAUCGCUGUAUCCCGCUGCGCUGGAGGUGCGACGGCGACAACGACUGCAGCGAUGACUCUGAUGAGCGGGACUGCUCUCCCCGCGAGUGCAGUGAGAGUGAGUUCCGGUGUGACAACAUGCGCUGUGUGCCCGGCCACUGGGUGUGUGACCACUACAACGACUGCGAGGAUAAUUCAGACGAACGCGACUGUGAGCUGCUAACGUGCCUUCCAGGAUAUUUUGAGUGCUCCAGUGGUCAUUGCAUCCCCGAGAGUUUCCUGUGCGAUGGAAGCGCUGAGUGUGCGGAUUUCUCCGAUGAAGUCGCCUGUCCGACGCGUUACCCCAAUGGAAGAUAUUGUGCACCCUUCCUGUUCGAGUGCCUGAAUCAUGUCUGCAUCCAGCCCUACUGGAAGUGUGACGGAGACAACGACUGCGGAGACGGGUCUGAUGAAUUGCUCCACCAUUGCCUGGAUAUCCCUUGCGAGCCUCCCUCCCGUUUCCGCUGUGCCAAUAACCGCUGCCUCUACAUACACGAGGUGUGCAAUCAACUAGAUGACUGCGGAGAUGGAAGUGACGAGAACCAAGAAAGCUGUAAGGAACCUACCCUUCCCCCCUGCACGACUGAGGAUUACAAGUGCGGUGAUGGCAAAUGCAUCCCCAUAGUCCACGUGUGUGAUAACUACGCUCACUGUGACGACCAGUCUGACGAGCUGGGUUGCGACCAUAAUGUUGAACGGACCUGUGCACAAAAGCUGUGUGAACACGAAUGUACUGAUCUAACAGGUGGAGGCUUCAUCUGCUCCUGUCGGCUGGGAUACACGGUGAACGAGGCUGAUGCAAAUGCUUGUGAUGAUAUCAAUGAGUGUGAAAAAUUUGGCAUCUGCCCUCACAGUUGUAAAAAUGGCAAAGGAACCUAUGAGUGUUUCUGCGCAGAGGGGUUUCAACCUGUUCAGGAGGAGCAGGGGAUUCUCUGUGCUGCCAAAGGAGGGCCUCCUCUCCUGCUGUUGCCAGACCGUGUACGGAUCCGCCGGUAUAGCACCUCGCAGGAACAGUACACCGACUACAUUGAUCUCGAGGAGAACAUCAAAGCCAUUGACUACAUUUGGGAUUCAGAAGAUCCAGAUCUCAGUUUAGUGUACUGGACCGCGCUGGGACACGGUUCACAGGCGGGCUCCAUCAAACGGGCAUAUCUCACCAGGUUUGAUGACAAAGGAAGCAAUCCCACCGUGGCAGUGAACUUAAACCUGAAAUACAUAACCACACCUGACGGCAUUGCAGUGGACUGGGUUGGAAAACACAUCUACUGGACGGACUCCAGCACCAACAGAAUCGAGGUGGCAGAACUGGACGGGAGGUACAGGAAAUGGCUGGUCUCCUCUCAGCUGCAACAGCCCGCUGCUAUUUCUGUCAAUCCAAAACUCGGGCUGUUCUACUGGACGGACUGGGGCAGUGAGCCCAAGAUAGAGAGUGCCUGGAUGGACGGGGACCAGCGGCAGGUGUUGGCCACCAGAGACCUGGGCUGUCCAACAGGGCUCACCAUAGACUACCUGAAUGGUGACCGCAUCUACUGGUCCGACUCCAAGGAGAACCUCAUCGAGUCCAUGAAGCCUGAUGGGUCUCACAGAAUCGUGAUCAUCAAUGGAGACCUCGGUAACCCGUUUAGCUUGGAUCUGUUUGAGAAUCACUUGUAUUGGACAUCGAAAGAGAACGGAGAAGUAUGGAAACAAGAUAAAUUUGGAAAUGGACACAAGAUUAAGAUACUGACUGUAAACCCGUGGCUAACUCAGGCCAGAAUUUAUCAGGAGAAUCGUUACGAUCACUCAGUGCCGAACCGCUGCAAGGUUUCCUGCAGCCACCUGUGUUUACUGAGACCGGGUGGUUACACCUGUGCCUGUCCACAGGGAACUCACUUCCUCGAUGACAGUAACUCUGAAUGCGAUGCAGCCAUUGAGUCAAAACAAACCAUGCCACCCGCUUGCAAGUGUAGGAAUGAAGGGGUGUGUCGUUUUGAAGGAAAUACGACAAAGUGCACUUGUCCUCAUGGAUACACGGGGAGGUAUUGUCAAAUAGCAAAAUCCCAGGGAUCGCGACAUUCUGCAGCAACAGCCGUGUUAUUAGCCAUUAUAAUCAUCCUGAUUCUGGGCUCUCUGACCGCUGCGGGAGCAUUCAUCAACUACAAGCGCACUGGCUCACUUCUACCUCCUUUCCCCAAGCUCUCAAGCUUCAGCAGUUUUGCCAAGCCCAAUGGAAAUGGCGUGACGUUCCGAUCGGGGAUGGAUACUGGGGCAGAAUGUGGUGCGUCUACCAUUGACAUUGACUCUGCCAUUGACGGAGCCAUGCAGAUGGAUGACAACUUUGUAGCCGAGGGACUAAAGCAACCGGUCACCUUUGAAAAUCCCAUGUUUGGGUCAAAGGCCAUUGAUUCCAGCGAGACUCCUACAGUUGAACAAUCAACGGUUACGGUCACAGUUGGCAGUGACUCAAAUGGCAGCAGAUGUGACAAUCCUAUCUACACCUCCAUGCCUCCAUUUGUGAACAAACCUCCUUCAAUUAAAUCACCAACACAGGAAUCAAAAUGGAGUUUUUUCAAAUGGAAGCCCAAACCCAGCACAAAUUUUGAAAACCCUGUGUAUGCGGAGAGCCACAAGCAGGAGCAGACAAGCGAUCCGCUGGGCGAAUCCUCUCUCACCUCACACACGUUUGAAACGCCUUCAAGUCAGUCACCCUCAAAAAAAGAUGAGCCUCUAACAUACAGCCCAACUGAGAGUACAUUCAAGGAUACAGCAGCCCUCGUCAAAGAGGAUUUAGAGGCAUAGUUCGGGACGUCACUGAAGACAAAAGAGACCGCCUUUCCUGUGAUACAUUAUAUUUUUGAUACACAGUCAGAAUAUUUGGAUAUGUCAGUAACACCUAGGCAAAAGGAACCUACCAAGUGAUUAGCAUGAGCCUGUACCGCCUAUAGGAAGUCUAUCUGUCUCUUUCCCUUCAGUAAUGUCACAUGCCCAACUUUUAUCAUUUUGGUUUUUGUGUCGAUGAAGACUUUUAAUCCAGAGGCUCUUUAUGUAUUUCGCUGCACUAGACGUGUAAAAGUAUGAGAUAUGUAAUGUUAUAAAUAUGUGUAUAUUUGUAAAUUUUUAAGAGAUUAUGUCGAUCAUUUUGCCCUGGAUAAGGCUGACAUAUUGAAGGUAGGAAUUUGUGGAAAUCUGAAGACUGAAUUGACACCAAUGAUUUCAGUUGUGGACAGUAAAAUUCUAAAUGUGAAAACUGCUGACCUUCCCUGUGAAGGAAUUGGAUAAAAGCCAAUGUGGCAUCUAAAGUAUGAACACUGGAAUUAUUUUUAAAAUAUGAAACACAGUGAAACCUGUAUUAACACCCUCUUAUAGCAAGCAGCUGAUUAUAGAGAGAUGUGAUCUAGAUUCACUCUCUUCCACAUACUCAACGCACAAAGGAGUAGAAUAAAAGCUGGAUCAAUAUUUUCAGAUGCUGAAAAACAGAUUAUCUGAUGCUGAUACUUCCCUAAAUUAAACCUAUUGAAGGUAUACAACUUCUUAUGUCUUUAUUAGAUAUAACCUAGCAGGCUGUUGAGGUAUGGGAUGUAAGGCUUAAAAGUUUCAGGGAAAGUAAUUGAGGGAAUUAGGGAGAUUUCAUAAAUUCGAGAGGCAGAAUUUGGCCAUUCGGCCCAUCGAGUCUACUCCACCAUUCCAUCUAUCAUUCCUUAACAACCCCAUUCUCCUGCCUUCUCCCCAUAGCCCCGACACCCGUACUAAUCUGCAGAGACUGGGUAUGGGUGGCGUUCUGAGAAAAGUCUGCUGCAGUACAGAAGCCAAAGAAUAUAAACUCUUCUCAUCCACGAGAACAUCACGGCAGUUGUUUCUUGUCUGUUUUUUACUGUACAUAGUUGAUGCAGAAUUGCAUCUCUAAAAAAUUCUCCCAUUGAGGUCACCAUUCCAAAGUGCAACUUAGUUCACUAAAUAAUAAAUGAAACAUAUAAAUUAAGAACAGAAAUAGAUUACCCUGCUCUAUAAUGAAAACAUUGCUGACCAGUUUGUUUGUAACCUCCUUGGCACCAUCUUUAGACUUUAGAGGUACAGCGCGUAGACAGGCCCUUCGGCCCACUAAGUCUGUGCUAACUAGUGUACCAGCACUAUCUUACAUACUCGGGACAGUUUUAUAACUUACCAAAGCCAAUGAACCUACAACCCUGUACAUCUCUGGAGUGUGGGAGGAAACCGGAGAAAACCCACGUGGUCACAGGGAGAACGUACAAACUCCACACUGACAACACCAAUAGUCAGGAUUGAACCUGUGUCUCUGGUGCAGUAAGGCAGCAACUCUAGUACUGCACCAUCAUGCACAAAACUCAUUUAAAAAAAAAUACGCUCGUAAGAAAAUUCUCCCAUU